AUGGUGGCGUUGGGGCUGUGGCUCUUGGGCGCGGCCCUGGCGGGAACGGGCGGCGGCGGGGAAAGCCGGCCUCUCAUUGGGGUGUCCAACGGGGGUCCCUGGGGUGCCUGGGCCUGGCAGGAGAGCUGCCCCCGAGGGACCCUCGCCACGGGGUUCAGCCUCAAGGUGGAGCCCUACCAAGGGCGGACGAAAGACGACACGGCCCUGAACGGCAUCCGCCUGCAUUGCACGCCGGCCCGACCAGGCGGGAAGACGGAGGCCGAAACGGUGGAGUCCCAGAGUAACGUGUGGGGCCGGUGGACCGAGCCCCUCUGGUGCCCCUCCGGCAGCUACCUGACCGGCUUCUCCCUACGGGCGGAGCCUCUCCGGCGCGGCCUCCGGGACUACAUGGGCGCCACCAACCUCCGCUUCGCCUGCUCCGGCGGGGCCGUCCUGGAAGGGCCAGGCCUGGCGUGGGGAGAGUACGGAGCCUGGAGCCCCUCCUGCCUCAAGGGCCUGUGUGGCCUCCAGACCAAGCAGGAGCCCCUCCGGGGGGCCCUCCAGGACGACUCGGCCCUCAACGACGUCCGCUUCCUUUGCUGCGCCCAGUGA